AAUCGUGCGAAUCAUGCUCGCUUCAAGAAUCAUGCUCAUUUCAAGAGCUACACCCACUUCAAGGGUCCCAAGAAAUUCCCUCACUUCAAGAAUCCCGAGAAACACCUCCAUCUCAAGAAUCCCGAGAAACACCUCCAUCUCAAGAAUCCCGAGAAACACCUCUAUCUCAAGAAUCUCAAGAAACAUCACCACUUCAAGGGACCCAAGAACCUCAUUCGUUUCAAGAAUUAUAUUCUGCAGUUACACACACAUUAUCAUUACAAGAAUUACAAGAGCCACCACCAAUAUUAAUACACCCAUUGCAAUUGCAAGAAUCAUUAACAAACAUUGAAUAUCCUUCUACAACUCCAUCAUUAACCGCACAAAUUUUAAUGCUUUCUGAUGAAAUAACCAUAACAAUAUCCCCUAAUCAAAUAAUUGAUCCUUUACUUCAACCUCAAGAAAAUACACCAUUAAUUAAAAAUUUUUAUGUUUAUGGCUUUAUAUUUUUACCAUUUUGGUUUAUUGGUGCUUGUUAUGUAUUUUCAACUGAUUCACAGUAUCGAAGAUGGGCUAAACGAUGUUUUU